GGCCGACUCCGGAAGUCCUUGUCGGACGUCACUUCCGUCGCAUUUCAGGGCGGUACCAAGAUGGACGCUUCGCAGGCCCGGCAGCAGCUUCGGCGGCGAUUCCUGCUCCUGCCGGACGCCGAGGCCCAGCUGGACCGCGAGGAAACCUCUACAGCUGUUGAGAAAAAGGAGAGACCUCUUCCAAGACUUAAUAUCCAUUCUGGAUUCUGGAUUUUGGCAUCCAUCAUUGUGACCUAUUAUGCUGACUUCUUUAAAACCCUUAAAGAAAGCUUUCACACUAGCAGCUGGUUUCUCUGUGGCAGUGCCCUGUUGCUUGUUAGCUUAUCAAUUGCGUUUUACUGCAUAGUCUACCUGGAGUGGUAUUGUGGAAUUGGAGAAUAUGAUGUCAAGUAUCCAGCCCUCAUUCCCAUUACCACUGCCGCCUUUAUUGCAGCAGGAAUUUGCUUCAACAUUGCUUUAUGGCACGUGUGGUCAUUUUUCACUCCGUUGUUGUUGUUUACCCAGUUUAUGGGGGUUGUAAUGUUUAUCUCACUCCUUGGAUGAUUUCUGAAGGAUCUACUUUGAGACGCUAAGAAAGAUAAGACAUUAGUUUGAAAAGAGACCACAUCAGUGCAACAUGAAUUCUGCUAAAAUGGAAGCAAGAACAAACAUCAAUUUACUGUGAAGCUUGGGUGAAAAAAUGAUGAAAUCAUUUAUGCUUCAUGAAAAGCAUAUGGGAACAAUGCCCCAAAGAAAUCAACAGCUUGCAAAUGAAUAACUUGUUUUGAAAAGGUGUGAGAUGAUGUUGAAGAUGAAGCCCUAAGUGAGAGACCCUACACACGAAUUUUAAUUAAUGUUGUUUAGUAAUCAAAGAGGACUGAUGAUUAACAGCAGUUAAUAAUAGCAGAAGCAAUAGCCGGUGUCAUAGACGUCUCAGUUGGUUCAGGUUACACAAUUCUGACUGAAAGCAAAUUGUCCACUUAACCAAAGCUGUUGUUCCCAGAUCAGCUGCAAACAACAGCAGAGCUUUCAAUGGAAGUUUUAAACAAGUGGAAUCAACAUCCUGAAGCAUUUGUUCAAAAAGCUGCAACAGGAUAUGAAACAUGGAUUUCCUAGUACUAUCCUGAAGACCAAGCACAAUCAGAGCAAUGGCUACCAAGGGUGGAAGUGGGUCAGUCAAAGCAAAAGCAGACCAAUCAAAAGCACAGGUCAUGGCAACAGUAUUUGGGGGCUCCAGGCACUUAUCUUAUUGACUUUUCUAGAGGGCAAAAGAAUGGUAACAUUUGCUUAUUAUGAGAGGUUUUUGAGAAAAUCAGCCAAAGCUUUAGCAAAAAACUCUUGGGAAAGCUUCACCAGAGUUCUCCUCCACCAUGACAAUGCUCCUGCUUAUUCCUCUCAUUACACAAAGGCAAUUUGGGGAGAGUUUUGAUGGGAAAUCAUUAUAGUCAUGAUUUGGCUCCUCCAAACUUAUUUUUUUUCCCUAAUCUUAAAAAGUCUGUAAAGGGUACCCUUUUUUCUUCAGUUAAUAAUGUGUAAAAGACUGUACUGGCAUGGUUAAAUUCUCAGGAACUUCAGUUCCUUAGGGAUGGGCUAAAUUGGCUUAAUGGUUAUAUCAUGACUUAUGGAAGUGUCUUGAACUUGAUGGAGCUUAUAUUGAUAAAUAAAGUUUAUGUUUAUAUGUUUAUUUUUAAUUAAUUUUUCCAAAUUUUGAAGUCCAAGGGUACAUGUGGAAUGGCUAGAUUGAGUUCAUUAAUAUAUGCAUUACUUUGCAUACUUAUUUUUUUUGUGGUGAGAUUUCUUAAAAUCCACUCUCCUCACAAUUUUUUAAAUCUACAAAUUGUUAUUAACUAUAGUUUUAUUUUUUAUUUAUUUAUUUAUUUUUGAGACGGAGUUUCCCUCUUGUUACCCAGGUUGGAGUGCAAUGGCGCGAUCUAGGCUCACCACAACCUCCACCUCCUGGGAUCAGGCAAUACUCCUGCCUCAGCCUCCUGAGUAGCUGGGAUUACAGGCACGCACCACCAUGCCCAGCUAAUUUCUUGUAUUUUUAGUAGAGAUGGGGUUUCACCAUGUUGACCAGGAUGGUCUCGAUCUCUUGACCUCGUGAUCCACCCGCCUCAGCCUCCCAAAGUGCUGGGAUUACAGGCAUGAGCCACCACGCCCGGCCUUAACUAUAGUUACUAUGCUGUAUAAUAGCUCUCUUGAACUUACUCUUAACUGAAAUCUUGUGCCCUUUGACCAACAUCUCCCAACCUGCCAAUUCUCCCCAACCUGUCAAUUCUCCCUGCUUCUCAGCCCCUGGUAGCCACUCAUCUACUCCCUAUCUAUAUGACCUCAGCUUUUUUAGAUUAUACAUAUAUAUGUAUAUAUAAAUGAGAUCACGUGGCAUUUGUCUUUCUGUGCUUGGCUUACGACACUUUACGUAGUUUCUUCCAGGUUCAUAUUCAAUGCCCGCUGUUACAAAUGUCAGGAUUUCACCCCCUUCUUUUCUCUUUUUUGAGACAGGGUCUGGCUCUGUCACCCAGGCUGGAGUGCCGUGGCACAAUCUUGGUUCACUGAAAUCUCGACUUCCCAGGCUCAAAUGAUCUUCCUACCUCAGCCUCCCAAGUAGUUGGGACUACAGGUGCACACUAGUGGGUCUGGUUAAUUUUUUGUAUAUAUAUUUUUUGUAGAGUUGAGGUUUUGCCAUGUUGCCCAGCUGGUCUUGAACUCCUGGCACAAGCGAUCCACCCGCCAUGGCCUCUGAAAGUGUUGGCAUUAUAAGCAUGAGCCACUGUGCCCGGCCAUUUCCCUCUUUUUAAAGGUUAAAUAGUAUUCUGUUGUGUAUGUAUACAAUGCGUAUACAUAUGCACGUUUUCUUUGUCCAUUCAUCCACUGAUGGAUGCUUAGGUUAAUUUCAUAUCUUGAUUAUCAUUUGUGUGUUAUGAAUUGGAUUUUCUCUCACCAGAAGAUCUGUUGAAAUCCUAACUUCUGGUUUGUCUGAAUGUGGCUUUAUUUGAAAAUGGAAUCUUUAUAGAUUUAAUUAAGAUGUAAGUUACAACGAAGUCAUUGGAGUAGGGGUGGAUCCUUAACCUAUUAUGACAGGUGUCUUUAUAAGAAGAGGAAAAGAGACACAGACGCAGAAGAAAGAUGGUCAAGUGACACCAGAGGCAAAAUUGGAGUGAUACAGCCACAAGCCAAGGAAGGCUAAGGGUUGCCAGCAGCCAGCAAAAACUGGAAGAGGCCAGUGGGGACCCCCCGCUGGAGGCUUCAGAGAGAACUUGGCCCUGUUGACAUCUAAAUUUUGGACUUCUGGCCUCCCGAACUGUGAGAGAAUAAACUUUUGUUGUUUUUAAGCCACCCAGGUAGUGGCAGUUU